GAAAGCUGAAUGUUUACGUUUCUGUAGAUUUUAUUUGGAUUCGUUUUCUUUUUCUUUAGAUAAUGUUUCAAAUAAAUAAUAAGUGAAGUAGUUAAAAUUAUGGUACUGAAAAAAUAGUUUACACUAUCUCCAAUGUAAUGGCUGCGGUUAUAUCUUGCGAGGAUUUUGAAAGUUGUUGUCGGACUUGUCUUGGUAAUGUGUCAAUUUCAACUAUGUACGAUAUUUUCUCCGAUGGCCCAGAUUCCGUCAGGGUAGCCGAGGUACUCACUUCAUGUACUUCUUUAAAGAUAGAAAAGGAGGACCCAUUACCUAAAAGACUUUGUAGCCAAUGCUACAAUUGCCUGUUGAGUUUCUAUGACUUCCGAAAAAUAGCUGAAAAAGUUGAUUUACAACUUAGAUAUGAAAUUGAAAACAGAAAUAAAAAGUUGUUCGAAGUACCAGUAUUAGAGGAUAAUAUAGUUUUAGACAUAAAAGUUGAAAAUGAAGCUGCUAUAGUUGACCACAUUGAAGAAAAGGAAACAAUAAAAGAAGAAUCUAAUUAUAAUGAUGAUAAUAAUAUUGAUGAAUUUUCCCUUGAUGACCAUUCUACUGAUUAUUUGGAUUUGGAACAAAACUUACAGUGUGAAGUGUGCAAUAAAACAUUUAAAACAAUUAAGAAAAGAGAGCAACAUUUACAAAAGCACAUUCCAGAGAGAGAAUUACGAACUUGCAGCAUUUGUUCGAAGACAUUUCGAAGUGACUUGAAAUAUGCAAAGCAUUUGUCAAGUCAUAGUGAGAAUACUUCAGAAAAUGAUUCGGGGCAAAGAUUUGAAUGCGGCAUAUGCUCCACUUCUUAUAAAUCUUUUAACUCCUUGGCAGCACAUAUGAAAAAGCAUGCAAAGAAAGGCAGAGUGCUAGCAUGUUCUAUAUGUGGGAAAGUUUUUAAAAAGGUCAGUCAUGUGAAAAGGCAUGAGUUGUGUCACGAGGAGAAUCGACCAUACAAAUGUUCUAUAUGUCCAAAGAGAUUUAAUACUGAAAAUCUUCUUAAUGAACAUUUAAAAAAACAUAGUAAAAUAAAACCGCAUAUGUGUCCGGUUUGCAGUAAAUCAUUUGCUCACAUGUCUACUUUAUCAGCCCAUGUCAAGAUUCAUACACAAGAGAAACUCUACCUCUGCCCCACCUGUGGGAAAAAGUUCCACUCCAGCAACAACCUCAAUCAACAUAUGCUGAGGCACAUGGGACUGAAGACGUUUGCCUGCAGUUUGUGCCCUAGAAAGUUUGUUAGUAAGGGCGAGUUGAAGUCCCACGGCGUGACGCACAGCGGCGCGCGCGCAUGGCGCUGCGCGGUGUGCGGCGCCGGCUUCACCAAGCGCAGCUCGCUGCAGCAGCACAGCAUGCGCCACGCCGGCCUCAAGCCGCAUCUCUGCGACGCGUGCCCCAUGCGGUUUAUAACGAAGGACCACCUGAAGCGUCACUACCGCAUCCACACGGGCGAGAAGCCGUACAAGUGCGACAUGUGUGACCGCGCCUUUACGCAGAGCAACGACCUCGUCAAGCACAAGCGCGCUCAUCUCGGGGACAAACUCUAUAAGUGUACAGAGUGCGAACAAAGCUUUAGGUUACAAACGGAGCUCCGUCAGCACACCUCGGAACACUUCAUAUCGAUGCAGCUGCAGGGGCUGGCCGCCGCCCCGGGGGACAAGGCCAACGUAACGGGAAGAAUUAAUAUAAUUUAAUAAUUAAACCUAGAAGUCCCAUUCCAAUAUAGGGUAGUUUCCGACUAGUCAAAUCAGUUACGAAUACUUUUUACUAAACGUCAAAACACAGAAUUACUAUGGAAUUUGUAUGAAAAACUAACCUGUGACGUCAUAGAAAAACGUGACAAAAUGUCGCACUCAUUAUUACAUUUUUCUUUACUCAUUAAUAAGUUAAAUAGAAAAAAAAAACCGUUUUUCUAAUCUCUCUCUUUAUUUAGUAAUCAGAAUUUCAUAAUUUAUCUUUGACCUACGAAACUACCCAAUUGUGAAAUAUUGUAAAUUGUCACCCUAUCACGUUGGUCUAACAGAAAGCUUGGUGAGGUGUGGGUACUUAGUUCAUCUUGCGAUGGAUGUGCCUCUGACUACCCCAAUUGGGAUAUAGUUGUGAGCUUAUGUUAUGUUAUUUUGUAAAUUGUUACGCAAUACCAAAUAAUAUUUUAACUUUGUUAUUAUUAUUAAGCAACAGUUUCCCUGGUCUAGUGGUUAGAGCGUUGGCCUCACGAUCGGGAGGUCCGGGUUCAUUUAGAUUCCCGAAUUGCCCCAUUGUCGAAAUCACUGUGUAAGACUGUCCUUUAUUUGGCUAGGGCAUUGCAGACUGAAUCACCUGAUUGUCUGAAAAAGUAUGCUGAUUUCGUGCUUCAGAAGGCACGUUAAAUAGGUCCCGGGCUGCUAGCCCAAACGGCUCCACCAACUCGCAGUGGUGGAGUAUGCUCCAUACUUCCUCCGUGUGAAUGAGGGUGGUCUGUGCCCAGCAGUGGGACGUAUAUAGGUUAAUUUUGUUAUAUAUUAUUGUUAAGAUAGUUGGCUAUAUUGUCGAGUUUGUCAGACUUAAUAGAAAUUUGGUUGGUGCUUUUAAAUAUUAUAAAGGAAAGCUACUUAAGCAUGUAUGUAAAACUACCUAAGUAUGUUGUCGCUUAUCACAGCUCGAGCAGUACUCAGGUGUAGUUUUCGUACACGCAUAACUCCGCCUCACCCCGUCCGUGCGGGCGAGACAGACAGCUACUUAUCUCUCAUUUGCUAGACCGAGAUAAAGAGCGGGAAUACGACGGCACUCCGACGUCGGUUCCGCCGCGGGCGGUCGCGUUAUCUCCCUCUAGCAAAUGACGGUUCUGAGUGACAGAAAAGGAUAAAAGCAUAGGAACUUGUCCGUUCUGCCAGAUGCACCAGGAACCCAUAAUCAAUUUUUAAACGUGAACGGCUUCCGUGGUCCAGUGGUUGACCGAUGUGCUCACGAUCCGGAAGUCCCGAGGUCGAUUCCCGGUGGGGACAAAUCACAAAAAUCACUUUGUGAUCCCUAGUUUGAUUAGAACAUUACAUGCUGAUCACCUUAUUGUCCAAAAGUAAGAUGAUCCGUGCUUCGGAACGCACGUUAAGCCGUUGGUCCCAGUUAUUACUUACUGAUGUAAGUACGUCGUUACAUGAGUCAUGUCAGGGGCCUAUGGCGGCU